GCUGAAUUUUUGGAAGUUUCACGAUUUUCGUUCAUUAGUGAAGUGGGUGGUAAAUACACAGAGGGAUUCGUUAAGAAACGACCCGGUGGAACUCGGGUGUUUAUCGGUUGGAAGAGUUUUUGUGUUCGACAUUGCCUCCGAUGGUCAAAACGAUGGCUUAUUCUCAAGGAUACAUCAGUAUGUUAUAUGGAUGCGCGAACUGAGCAGAUUCGUUUUGUUCUAUUGUUCGAUCGUGAUUUUGAAGUGUCCGCGGGACUCACCGAAACUGAAGGACUUCCAUCGGGAUUGACGAUCACUAAUCAGCAACAGUUAAUAUCUCUUUCAAAUUUUUUCAUCGUGUUUCGUCUCUGCAAAAUGUUUCAUUUUGCUCAGUUUUCUUUGUAUUCAUCCAAGUAUUAA